AUGAAUCGUCUGAAUAUCUCAGAUUCUAAUCCUUCAUUACUCACUGCCGGUCUUCCUUCCAGCUCAAUAAUGAUCUCUCAGCACGUUCUACCCUCAUCACUAAAUAAUCACAACCAAAACCACACAACAGAUACUCAACUCAUCAAUUCCAAUUUCAAAUCGAAUAUCGAUAAGCACGACUAUACAAAACUUUCACAUCGAACUGUGUCGGAUACAUAUUUAAACCUUUCACGAGACGAUAUCGAUGACAUCAUGUCAGCUUUGCACACUCUAGCUCAAUAUUUACAGUACGACGUUGAUAGUAUAGAUCAACAACAUAUGAUUCCAAGCGAUGAUAAUGAAAGUCAUCCUCUGACGAUGAUUUUUUCCAAGGAAAGCCAUCAUAGUUUAAAAAGUUCUAUUCAAGCGAAUAGCUCUUUUCGUCAUCCUCCACGAUAUUCACUACGAAAAGAUCGACGACGUCAUUCAUUAUCGUCGGAUCGUUGGCUUCAUCAUCGCGAGCAUAUAAAACAUCAUCCAAAUGUCGUGGAAGCAUUUCAUCAUGAUCUAUACGAUCUUCGGCACAAACAAAAACGUCGAAUUCUCCAUCGUCUACAACAGCAAAAUUUAAUUAGCUAUCCGUCAUAUAGUACUAAUGCAAUCUUGUAUAAAACACCAUACAAAUCUAAUCAACAACCUAGACAUGUCUAUCACUGUUCUCAACGACAUCAAUCAACUACGAGAACGUACUCCUAUGAUCAAUAUCAACAAUCAAUCAAACCAAAUCUCACGUCAUCUAUGUCUCUAUCUUCCUACAUUCUUGAUCAACUUAUUUCGAUUGAUUACAAUGAACCGAUCCGGAAAAAUCUACAAGUUGUACCAAAGCAGGCCCACACUUUACAAAUACUACAAACGAAUCCGAUUUGCAGUUUUAUGUCGGGCGAUUAUCCAAAUAGAAAACCGAUAGCGGAUCUGGAUGAUCGCUACCAAUCGAAUAAAAUCGAUGUUGCCACACAAUGGAGUGUGCAAGUUCUAACACCAACAUUACCAUCUGACAAGCAGCAAUUAGUGAACUUCAACUAUGAAAACGAGGGAAAAAAUUUCAAUUUACACUUAACAAGAACAAAUUCAAACAUUCUAACAGAAUUAACACCAUCCAUUGCAACUGUUCCUACGCAUCAUUCGUCGUCGAGCACGGCCACUGUUAAAAAUGAUUCAAUCAUACCAAAUAACCUUACGAAUCAAGAACCGAAUUCAGAAAACACGCCGUUAAUACAUCCUAAUAAAAGUCGAUUUACGAAAAGUAUGACAGAACGAUUGUUAACAACGCUUCAACUGCCGACUUGUAAAUGCUCAACCAUUGAAACUAAACCCAAACAUAAGGAAUCACCACUUGAUCCGCCGUCAACGACUCAAAGAAUAAAACAACUUGCAAAAAAAUGUGCCACUAAACGAUCUUAUCCUCUGACAUCAAGACUAAAUCAAGCUGUGAAACGGCAAUGUCGUCACACACAAGCGAAUGAUCGGCUUAGAGAUACAAUUCAAAGAUUGGAUCGAAAUGACGAUUCAUCGUUCGAUUUCUUUGAUAUUGAUACAACAUUUACUGAUGCAUACGAUCGAUUAUUUACUGAUCUAACAACAUCAGCAAAAUCCUCUUAA